GCGGGGGGUGCUUAGUUGGGGUAUUUCCAGCAGCAGUUUGUGGGGCUCUCAUUUCCCCAUCGGGCAGCAGUGGUGAAGCCAUGGCUGAGGAGCAGCGGGACCUCAUCUCCUCCGAUGGCAGCAGUGGGGUGCUCCCCGUUGGGAACAACGAGAGAUCCACACUCGGCCGCAGAAGCGUGCUGUCGGCGGUGUCCAUCCUGGUGGCCCUGCUGAUCGCUGGCCAGGCCGUCACCAUCUACUAUGUGUACCAGCAGAGCGGGCAGAUCAGCAAGCUGACCAAGACCUCGCAGAGCCUGAAGCUGGAGUCGCUGCAGAGGAGGAUGCCCACCAACACCCAGCCAGCAAACAAGAUGGCGAUGUCCAUGAUGAACAUGCCUAUGGCCAUGAAGGUGCUGCCUCUUGCCCCCUCUGUUGGUGACAUGCCCUUGGAGGCCAUGAAACCCCGCAGCAACAAGACUGAGGAUCAAGUCAGGCACCUGCUGCUGAAAGCAGACCCCAGGAAGACAUUCCCCGAGCUGAAGGACGACAUGCUGGGCAACAUGAAGCGUCUGCAGAAGACCAUGAGUGCUAUGGACUGGAAGGAUUUUGAGGCCUGGAUGCACAAGUGGCUGCUCUUUGAAAUGGCCAAAAGCCCCAAGGAGGAGCAGAAUGCAAUCCCAGCGGAGAAAGUGCAAACUAAGUGCCAGGCAGAGGCCAGUUUCGGUGGUGUCCAUCCGGGUCGCUUCCGCCCCGAAUGCGAUGAGAACGGCGACUACCUGCCCAAGCAGUGCUUUGCCAGCACAGGCUACUGCUGGUGCUGCUACAAAAAUGGCACCAGGAUUGAGGGCACUGCCACCCGGGGAGAGCUGGACUGCUCGGCGCCCACCCCGACAGAGCCUGAGGAGAUGAUCUUCUCCGGGGUGGACAUGCUGAAAGCCAAGUAGAAGAGGACGCCUGUGGAUGCCCAUCCAGCCUUCAGCAUCUCAGUCCACCUUUUUUUGCUCCAUUUUUCUGCUCUUACCUUGCUUUCCCGAAGACAAUUAGAGCAUUCCUGCCCUGAUCUCAGUUACGUCCUUUCCCCCGCUGCAGAACAGGACCUGGGGUGGACCACAGUUGGUUGGGGCUGCAGUGCGACUGCUCCAUUUACUGACCCGGGGGUAGAGGUGGAAAAUGAUUUCAGCUCUGGUAGCCCCAGUCGUUUUUGCUAAUGGGAUGUGAGCUGCAACUCUGGCACUGUGUGAGGGACGCCACCUGGUUCCCAGCCUUCUCCUGUUCCCCCAGGACACCUCUCCCAGCACCCGCAGCAGCAAUGCAGAGAUCACCCCUGCUGAAGAAUGAGCCACUAAUGCUUUCUUUCACUGAACAAACAUUAAAAGCAGCAAAACAACCUUCCUGAGCUUAUCUAACCCCUGUAGGUUGGAGUACUGUUAAGAGCACUAAACCUUCCUUCAUCUUUC